CCCUCCUGCACAACAACCGCACCAGGACGCUCCUCGUCUGGGACCCCAUGACCGGCGACGAGCGCUACCUACCAUUCCCCACUCAAGCCCAUCUGGAGAUUGUCCAGUACGAUGGCGCGGUUCUCUGCGCGGCUGGCCACUCGGACCACGGCGACUGCCAUUGGUGCCCGUUCCUCGUGGCAUUGGUGUUCAGCAACCACAGAGAUCUCAUCACCUCUGCCUGCGUCUACUCGUCCGAGACCGGCGUUUGGGGUGAGAUCACUUCGAUUCAUAUUCGUGAUUCAAUAGUUGAUGCAAGCCCGACAGCUCUGCUUGGAAGCACACUUUACUGGCUGUCUGAAAAUGAUAGCAUCAUUGAGUUAGAUUUGGAUAAGAAUAGCUUGGAUUUCAUCGAGGUGCCAUAUGCCGGACAGAUUAUCAUCAUACUGAUAGAGGAUGGUGGUCUAGGUUUUGCCGGUGUUGAUCAAUUCAGCCUUCAUUUCUGGUCAAGGGCAGCUAGCAUCGAUGGGGUAAGAUCAUGGACACAUCGCAGGGUCAUUGAUCUGGAGAAACUUCUUGCACCAGAAGUAGUGGCAGCGUGUAUGAAUCGAGUGUUUCCAGUUGGCUACGCUGAAGACGCUAAUGUGAUCUUCAUUUAUGUGUAUCCAAGCAUCUAUAUGAUCCAUCUGAACUCCAUGCAUAUUGAGGAGGUGUCAGAGAAAGGGACCUAUUGGUUUGUCUUUCCUUACACAAGUUUCUACACCCCAGGAAUCACCACUGGUGGUGGAGAUGAUCAAGCUGUACUGUUGAACGGCAGUUGAGAGAUGAUUGUGCUUUCACAUCUUCUGUCACACUUCUCUGGUCUAAGAGGUACCCAGGUUCUUUGUUGCUGUGACUACAUGCUGGUUCUUUAGCAUUUUGUAAAUGUUCGCGGCUCAAUGUGGCUGUACAAGUCGCCAAAUGUGAUGCUAACCUUGCAAAAGGUGCUGAAUUAAUCAUCGGAUGUUAUCUUUAGCAAUUUCUAUGUGCGUUAACAAACUUUAACAGCGCUUGGUAAAAACUAAAAAGUAUGUCAGACGUCAGAAUAUUGUUGUUGAGAAGAUGGCAUUUGUUUGGCCUCUUGUGUGUUCUGUUUGUGCUUCUAGUAAUGCUUGAUGGUGCAUUUGUGCCAAAACCGGCAUGUUG